GGUGCAGCUGGCACAGCGAGACGGGCACCCUGACCCGGGCAUGGAGGGGGGCAAGGGGCCCAGGCUCAGAGACUUCCUGAGUGGGAGUCUGGCUACCUGGGCGCUAGGACUGGCCGGGCUGGUCGGGGAGGCGGAGGAGUCGGAGGGGGAAGAAGAGGAAGAGGAGGAAGAGCAGCCCCUUUGGCUGGAGAAGAGGUUCCUGCGCCUCAGCGAUGGGGCCCUGCUCCUCCGGGUGCUGGGCAUCAUUGCCCCCACCUCCCGAGGGGGGCCUCGGAUGCUCAGAGGCCUUGACGGACCUGCUGCCUGGCGAGUGUGGAACCUGAACCACCUGUGGAGCCGACUGAGGGACUUCUACCAGGAGGAGCUGCAGCUGCUGAUCCUGUCGCCACCCCCAGACCUCCAGACAUUGGGGUUUGACCCCCUCUCAGAAGAAGCGGUGGAGCAGCUGGAAGGCGUUCUUCGGCUACUGUUGGGAGCGUCAGUACAGUGUGAGCACCGGGAACUCUUCAUCCGCCACAUCCAGGGCCUCAGUCUCGAGGUCCAGAGCGAGCUGGCCGCUGCCAUCCAGGAGGUGACCCAGCCAGGGACCGGCGUGGUGCUGGCACUCUCUGGGCCAGAGCCUGGGGAGCUGACACUUGCCGAGCUGGAGAUGCUGUCCCGGAGCCUGAUGGGGACACUGUCGAGGCUGGCGCGGGAGCGUGACCUGGGGGCCCAGCGGCUGGCUGAACUGCUGCUGGAGCGAGAACCCCUUUGCCUGAGGCCUGAGGCUCCCUCUAGGGCUCCCGCCGAGGGCCCCUCGCACCAUCUGGCCCUGCAGCUGGCCAACGCCAAGGCUCAGCUGCGGCGUCUGCGGCAGGAGCUGGAAGAGAAGGCCGAGUUGCUGCUAGACUCCCAGGCCGAGGUGCAGGGUUUGGAGGUCGAAAUAAGAAGGCUCCGCCAGGAGGCCCAGGCGCUGUCGGGACAGGCCAAGCGGGCCGAGCUGUACCGCGAGGAGGAACGGGAGGCGCUGGUGGAGGCGCUGGCAUCAGCGGGCCGGGAGCGGAGGCAGUGGGAACGUGAGGGGUCCAGGCUGCGGGCCCAGUCAGAGGCCGCCGAGGAACGGAUGCAGGCGCUGGAGAGUGAGGGCCGCCAGCACCUGGAGGAGGCUGAGAGGGAGCGCCGGGAGAAGGAGGCCCUCCAGGCGGAGGAGCGGGUGCUCUCAGGGGUGCUGGAGGCCUCCAAGGCGCUGCUGGAAGAGCAGCUGGAGGCUGCCCGAGAGCGCUGCGCCCGGCUGCACGAGACCCAGCGCGAGAACCUGCUGCUGCGGACCCGGCUGGGCGAGGCCCAUGCGGAACUGGACUCUCUGCGGCAUCAGGUCGACCAGCUGGCUGAGGAGAAUGUAGAGCUGGAGCUGGAGCUUCAGCGGAGCUUGGAGCCGCCCCCAGGAUCCCCUGGGGAGGCACCCCUGCCAGGAGCAGCCCCCUCGCUGCAAGAUGAGGUGAGGGAGGCAGAGGCUGGGCGGCUUCGGACCCUCGAGAGAGAGAACCAGGAGCUUCGGGGGCUGCUUCAGGUGCUUCAGGGGCAGCCAGGGGGCCAGCACCCCCUGCUGGAGGCACCGAGAGAGGACCCUGUGCUUCCAGUGCUGGAGGAGGCUCCCCAGACUCCUGUGGCCUCCGACCACAGUCCCCAGGGCUUGGCUCAGAAGGCAAGGGAUGGAGGCCCCCAGGCCUUGAACUUGGCUUCCCCAGCAUCAGACUCAGUGCUCAAGGGGUCAGCUGAGUGUCCCCAGGCACCUGAUUCGGACCCACAGGAGGCAGAGAGUCCCCUUCAGGCAGCUACUGUGGACCCCCAGGCCUCAGACUGGUCCCCCCAAGAGUCAGACUCUCCUGUGGAGACACAGGAGUCCCCGGAGAAGGCUGGCUGUAGAUCCUCUCUCCAGAGCCCUGCCUCUGUGGCCCCACCUCAGGGUGCAGGGACCAAAAUUCAGGCCCCGCAGUUGCUGGGAGGAGAGACCGAGGGAAGAGAGGCUCCCCAAGGUGAGUUGGUGCCUGAGGCCCGGGGGUUGAGACAGGAGGACCCUGAGCACAAGCCAAGGCCUUCGGAGCCCAGCUCUGUGCAGCUGGAGGAGCAGGAGGGCCCCAACCAGGGCCUGGACCUAGCCAUGGGACAAACAGAGGCCAGAGAGCAUGACCAGAGGCUGGAGGGGAUGGUCGGGAACCCAGCCUGGCAAAACCCACAGCAGAAGUCAGAAGGGGCUCUUGAGGUCCAGGCCUGGGAGGGCCCAGUCACGGGGGAGAGCCUGGCCAGUGGUGUCGCAGAGCAGGAGGCGCUCAGGAAGGAGGUGGCACAGCUGAGGAGAAAGGCUGAGGCCCUUGGAGCUGAGCUGGAAGCCCAGGCCCGCAAGCUGGAGGCCCAAGACAUGGAGGCUGCCCGCCUCUCCAAGGAACUGGCCCAAGCGCGAAGGGCAGAGGCCGAGGCCCACCGGGAGGCAGAGGCCCAGGCCUGGGAGCAAGCCCGGCUGCGGGAGGAGCUGGAGAAAGCUGUGGUGCGGGGCAAGGAGCUGGGGGCCCGGCUGGAGCAUCUACAGCGUGAACUGGAGCAGGCAGCUCUGGAGCGCCAGGAAUUUCUGCGAGAACAGGAAAGCCAGCACCAGAGGUACCAGGGCUUGGAGCAGCGGCUGGAAGCUGAGCUGCAGGCGGCGGCGACCAGCAAGGAGGAGGCGCUGAUGGAGCUCAAGACCAGGGCCCUGCAGCUGGAAGAGGAGCUGUUCCAGCUGCGCCAGGGCCCCGCGGGGCUGGGGCCCAAAGAGCAUGCGGAGCCUCGGCUGGUGGAGACCCAGAAUGUGCGACUUAUUGAGGUGGAACGCAGUAAUGCAACACUGGUGGCAGAGAAGGCAGCUUUGCAGGGGCAGCUGCAGCACCUGGAGGGGCAGCUGGGGAGCCUGCAGGGCCGUGCCCAGGAGCUGCUGCUGCAGAGCCAGCGGGCGCAGGAGCACAGCAGCCGCCUGCAGGCCGAGAAGUCUGUGCUGGAGAUUAAGGGCCAGGAGCUGCAUCGGAAGCUGGAGGUGCUGGAGGAGGAGGUGCGGUCGGCGCGGCGGUCCCAGGAGGAGACACGGGGGCAGCAGCAGGCCCUGCUUCGGGACCACGAGGCCCUGGCACAGCUGCAGCGGCGGCAGGAGGCCGAGCUAGAGGGACUGCUGGUGCGGCACCGAGACCUCAAGGCCAACAUGCGGGCACUGGAGUUGGCUCACCGGGAGCUGCAGGGCAGGCAUGAGCAGCUGCAGGCCCAGCGGGCCAGCGUGGAGGCACAGGAGGUGGCCCUACUGGCAGAGCGUGAACGCCUGAUGCAGGAUGGGCAUCGGCAGCGGGGCCUCGAGGAGGAGCUGCGGAGGCUUCAGAGCGAGCACGACAGGGCUCAGCUGCUGCUGGCAGAGGUGUCUCGGGAGCGGGGUGAACUUCAGGGUGAACGCGGGGAGCUACGGGGCCGGCUGGCGCGGCUGGAGCUGGAGCGGGCACAGCUGGAGAUGCAGAGCCAGCAGCUGCGCGAGUCCAACCAGCAGCUGGACCUGAGCGCCUGCCGGCUGACCACACAGUGUGAGCUAUUGACACAGCUGCGGAGUGCCCAGGAAGAGGAGAACCGGCAGCUGCUGACUGAAGUGCAGGCCCUGAGCCGGGAGAACAGGGAGCUCCUGGAGCGCAGCCUGGAGAGCCGGGACCACCUGCACCGCGAGCAGCGGGAGUACCUGGAACAGCUUAAUGCCCUGCGCCGAGAGAAGCAGAAGCUCGUGGAGAAGAUCAUGGACCAAUACCGCGUGCUGGAGCCUGGGCCCCUGCCCCGGACCAAGAAGGGCAGCUGGCUGGCAGACAAGGUGAAGAGGCUGAUGCGGCCCCGGCGGGAGGGGGGCCCCCCUGGGGGGCUGCGCCUGGGGGCCGAUGGGGCUGGCAGCACCGAGAGCCUGGGGGGCCCCCCGGAGACGGAGCUUCCUGAGGGCAGGGAGGCAGAUGGGACAGGGUUCCCUUCCCCGGCACCCAUGCGCCGGGCCCAGAGCUCCCUCUGCCUGCGGGAUGAGACCUUGGCAGGCGGGCAGCGGCGGAAACUCAGCUCAAGGUUCCCGGUGGGCCGAAGCUCUGAGUCAUUCAGCCCUGGGGACACCCCUAGGCAACGAUUCCGACAGCGCCGUCCAGGGCCCCUGGGGGCACCCAUCUCCCACAGCAAAGGACCUGGUGUGGGAUGGGAGAACUCCGUUGAGACCCUCCAGGAGCACGAAACAGAUGCCAACCGAGAGGGCCCCGAGGUACAGGAACCGGAGAAACGUCCCCUCACCCCGUCCCUCAGCCAGUGACACCAUGGGGACAGCAGGAUCGGAAGUGCAGCCCUCUUGCCGCUGGAGUGUCAGCGGGGGGCCCAGGCAGCCCAAGAGCUCAGGGAGCCAGGGCCCCCAAGGGGAGUCCUUGGACAAGGAGGCCUGGGCCUGGAGAUCCUCCAUGGUCGGUGCCGGGGCCCGGAGGUGGAGCUGGGACAAGUGUGUGGACAGGGGGGACAGCUGGUCCCCACGAGUGGUUCUAGGCCGGGAUUCUGGCUCUUCCAGGUGGCUCCCGCUGAGGCAGCGGUCUCUGGGGGAUCCCCCAGCUGAAGGAGGCUGGCAGGAGUAGGCAAGAGAGCCCCCUGCCCAGUCCAGGCAGGGAGCUGAGUCCCAGUGCCGGGGGACUGUGGCCUGGGCUGAUCUUGAGCCUCAGCUGGACAUGAGGGGCAUGAGAAUAAAGCUGAACUGCAGCCUUCUGA